CUAAAUAAACUUGGGAGGUUUUGAAAACGAGAUAAAUAGUGAAAAUGUCAACUUACAUUCAAUCUGUUCUUCAUUGACAAGAGAGACGAACAUGAUGAUGAUUCUUACUGUGAUUUUAUUUGCGACCAUAUCUGCUGUUUAUGGCGGAGAGUCACAUUUACUAAACGAGUGUCCGACAAAAUUAGAACCAAUUGGAUGUUUCAGCGAUAACCCGCACCCAAUGAAAAGGGCAAUGCCUGAACAGCUUUUAAACGAACGGGACCACACUAGCCAUGUUUUCAAUGGUCGCAUGAUUGACUGGAAAAAUUUUGAAGUCUAUCUAGCAGGAUUUGUUUGCAGGUGUGCUGAAGCUGCAUUCAAAAAAGGUUAUCGAGUCAUCGGCAUACAAUUUUACGGCGAGUGUUGGUCAGGACCAGAAGCUCAUCUCGAUUAUGAAAUGUAUGGGGAGAGUAGGACUUGUGUAAAUCACGAAUUUAAAAAGAUUGCUAACAGAACUACUUGCAAUAUUGGUACUGGCACUGAUUCAACAAAUUAUGUUUACAGAAUCGCACCUACAUCAUGCAACACUUAUUACGAGCCUGUUGGAUGUUUCCAUGAUUCGAUGAUAGAACCAAGACCCGUGCCAGACUACCUACAAAACGAGCGAGAUUUCUCUAUCAGCAACUGGAACGGGAUAUUGAUUGAUUGGAAAAAUUGGAACACGUACUCGCCAGAAAUGAUUUGUCGAUGCGCAGAUAUAGCGAAAAAGAGAGGUCAUAGCAUGUUUGCAAUUCAGUUUUGGGGAGAAUGUUGGAGUGGUGCAGGUACUUCUUUAACCUUUCAUCGAGAUGGACCGUCGAAAAAUUGCAGAGCAGAAAAUUUUGAUACUUGUCCUUGCAAUUCAUACCAUUGUGUUGGUAUGGCGAAAACAAACCAUGUUUACAAGCUGAUCGAAGGGCCUGGAAUAUAGAAAAAAGAGAAUUGUAUGAUUCAAAUUCAGCUUGCUGCCAUUUUUUUUAAUGUUAAUGUAAAACGCCAUUUUGUUUUGUAAUAUACCAUGAUUAUUGA